CGCGAUGAGCGCCCGAAACUUAGCUGGAGUAGCAUGCCACGUAACGAGAAAUGCCAGAUUAGAGAAGCCAUUAACAUUCAGUUGAUAAGCGGAGGCAUUCCUGAAAUUACUAUCAAGCUAGCGGGAUGGCGUAUGAACAAGGCAAUUAGAGACCUAGUUAAAACAUGCAUAAUGUAUGUGCGGCACACAGGGAUGUCCGUCAUGGAAGGAUAG